AUGGACACUACAAACUUAAACGACAAAGACGCAGUACGGGACUUGAUUGCCCAGCAACUUGAAUCAACCCCUUAUGCAUGCUCCUCCCUCACUCGUCUAUCUGGUGGCACCGCCAACUUCAUAUACCGAGGCACUCUCUCUGGGAGCCAUGACUCCAUUAUCAUCAAGCACAGCAAAGACUAUGUUGCAUCGAAUCCUAAUUUCAUGCUCGAUACCCAACGAUCUUACUUCGAAGAAGUCAUUUUGGCAGCACUUGGUGAUCUUGUUCCAUAUUCUCAGGAGAAUAUUACAGUCACUACGCCUCGCAUUCUUCAUUUCAAUGCUGAAACAAACACGCAAAUACAUGAGGAUCUUCUAGACUCAGUUGAUUUGAAAGCCUUCCUUCUGGAGAAAAUCACCAGCAAUGUAUCAGAGUCUUAUUCGCGUUCGAUAGGGCAAUCGCUAGGGUUGUGGCUACGAUCGUUUCAUGAAUGGGGUGCUAAGGCUGAACAAAAGAAGACUAUUGACAUUAUCGCCAAAAACAUCUCCAUGAAACAAGUGAAGUUUUAUGUGAACUAUGGUCUACUGCUGGAUACAAUCGACAACUUUCCUGGGAUUCUAGAAGAGAACCGCGGUAUCUUUGAGCAGGUUCGAGACCUCGCGACAACAGAAUCGAAGAAUGAUGUUAUCGAUGAUACUAAUGGACUUCUCCAUGGUGAUUUCUGGACUGGGAAUGUCCUCAUCUCAAGCAAUCCUCAAGUCGAACAAACCGAAACUAAGAUCUUCGCUAUUGACUGGGAACUGACACACAUUGGUCAUCGAUCCUCAGAUCUAGGACAAAUGAUUGCGGAAUUGUAUGAGACCAAGCUUUUCAAAGGGGUUGAACAUGGGCUAUGGAUUAUUGAGGGAUUCUUGAAGGGAUAUGGACCUUUGAGUGAUGAGAUGGCAUUCCGGACUGCCAUUCAUAUUGGAGUUCACCUCAUUUGCUGGGGAAGCAGAGUUUCUGGAUGGGGUAGUGAGGCUCAAGUUCAAGGUGUCGUGGAAAUAGGUAGGAAUUUGGUCGUACAGGCUUGGACCAAGAAUAAGGCGUGGUUUGAGGAGGACCCUAUGGGUUGUUUAUUUCAGAAGUGA